GCAAAUAAAAACAAACGAAGUCCUUUUUAACCCGGGAGAUUCCGAUCUGUUCGUUGCAGAAAUUUUCUACGCAGAUAUUUAUAUAUCAUAUGACACCCAAAACGCCUUCGUUUCGAGCUAUUCGCUUUCAGCUUUUCAGAGACGGAGAAAGGACUUGAGGAAGACUGGAAGAGCAAAGCAGCCAUGGUUGAUGGUAGAGGUCGACAUAUACAAGCUCUCGUUCUGGUAUAUCGUAGUUUUGGUCUAGUGUUUGGUGACUUGACCAUUUCCCCACUUUAUGUUUAUAAGAGUACAUUUUCUGGGGGUUUGAGCCAUUAUCAAACAGAGGAUGCAGUAUUCGGGGUGUUUUCCUUGAUUUUUUGGACUUUCACUCUUCUUUCGUUGUUGAAGUAUGUGAUUAUCAUGUUAAGUGCAAAUGAUAAUGGUGAAGGAGGAAUUAUGGCGCUAUACUCGCUCCUUUGCCGAAACACAAAAUGCUCUUUGCUACCUAAUUAUCAAGCAGCCGAUGAGGAGCUUUUUGCGUAUCAUAACCUGGGUUACUCAAAUAGGAAUAUACCUUCCUCUCCAAUCAAAAGAUUUAUUGACAAGCAUAAAAAAGCAAAAACGAGCUUACUGCUUGUUGCUUUAUUUGGUGCUUGCAUGGUAAUUAGCAUUGGUGUCCUUACACCUGCAAUUUCUGUUCUUUCAUCUGUUGAAGGGCUGAAAGUUCGAGUGACAGAUAUGAAUAAUAGUGUGGUGAUUGUUAUUGCCUGUGUCUUAUUGGUUGGCCUUUCUGUCUUGCAACACCGGGGUGGCCACAAGGUGGCAUUUAUGUUUUCUCCCAUUAUAAUUCUGUGGUUACUAUUGAUCACUGUUAUUGGCAUAUACAAUGUGAUUAAGUGGAAUCCAAGGAUAUACCAGGCUCUUUCUCCAUAUUAUAUCUACAAAUUCUUUAAGGACACAGGAAAAGAUGGUUGGAUUUCUCUUGGAGGAAUAAUACUAUGCAUUACUGGAACGGAAGCUAUGUUUGCAGACCUUGGCUACUUCACUGCAGGAUCAAUAAGGGGUGCAUUUUCUAGUGUUAUUUACCCAUGUCUAAUACUUCAAUACAUGGGCCAGGCUGCUUUUCUUACAAAGAAUCUUUCUUCUGUCUCUACGAGCUUUUAUGCUUCCAUUCCAGAUCCUUUGUUUUGGCCAACAUUUGUGGUAGCAGUUUUUGCUGCAAUAGUUGCCAGUCAGGCUGUUAUAUCCGGAACAAUCUCAAUUGUCAAACAAUGCCACGCAUUAGGAUGUUUCCCUCGUGUAAAGGUUGUUCAGACAAGGAGAUGGAUACGUGGUCAGAUAUACAUCCCUGAGAUAAACUGGAUCCUUAUGAUUCUCAAUCUGGCUGUCACAGUUGGUUUCCGAGAUGCGAAUGGCAUUGGAAAUGCUUACGGUAUUGCUUAUCUGACUGCGACAUUCGUGACAACCUGGUUGAUGUCACUGAUCAUCAACCUUGUAUGGCAUAAGACUCUCGUGUUGUCCCUUUUAUUUAUCCUAUUCUUUGGAUCUAUUGAGAUUAUCUUCCUUUCGUCUUCUUGUAUGAGAAUCCCCAAAGGUGGAUGGGUUCCUUUUGUGAUUGCUGCACUCUUCUUGCUCAUUAUGUACGUGUGGCAUUAUGGGUGCAGGAAGAAGUAUUUAUAUGAUGCACAUAACAAGGUUUCCAUGAAAUGGAUACUAACACAGGGUCCCAGUCUUGGGAUCAUUAAGGUUCCUGGGAUUGGCAUUAUAUAUACUGAAUUGGCAACUGGAAUCCCAUCCAUGUUCAGUCAUUUCUUAACCAACUUACCAGCCUUUUAUCAAGUGGUUGUCUUCGUCUGUGUUAAAACUGUUCCUGUUCCCUAUGUACCCCAUAAAGAACGGUAUCUCAUCGGCCGGAUUGGUCCCAAAUCUUACCGGAUCUACCGCUGCAUUGUCCGAAAUGGCUACAAAGAUGUUAAUAACAGCGAAGAUGAUUUCGAAAAUGAUCUGGUGAUGAGCAUAGCAGAAUUCAUCCAACUGGAAGCUGAAGGUCCCCGAACUCUUGAUGGCUCUGUGGAUGGCCGGAUGGCAGUUGUGAGGACAUCUGAAAAGUUUGGAACUAGAUUGCGAAGGUCAGAAUCUGCAUUCUUUGGAGAAAGCAGCAGCAGCAGCUCAAGUCCUGUGGCCUCUACGACUGUAAGUAGCAGCAAGUCAGCUUUACUGCAGAAUUUGAAGUCUAUGAAUAGACAGGAAUCAACCAAUCUAAACCGAAAGCCGACGGUUCGUUUUGAGUUACUGAAUACAAAAUACAAGGAUAUACAUGUCAAGAAAGAGCUCUUGGAGCUUGUGGAAGCUAAGCAUGCUGAGGUAGCAUACGUUGUCGGUCACUCGCAUAUCAAAGCAAAAUGGAAUUCAUCAUUCUUGAAAAAGUUUGCAGUCAAUAUGAUGUACUCUUUCUUGCGUAAAAACUGCCGCGCCCCUUCCGUUGGCUUGAACAUCCCUCACAUUUGUUUGAUUGAGGUUGGUAUGACCUACCAAGUGUAGCAGAAUCUACAGUUUUUAUAUGCCUCGAGUGUUUUUUGGUAGCCUAAGUUGCUUGGAGUUCUGUUUGUUUUUUUUUUUCCCCGACACCAUGGGCAGUUGCUGUAUGUUAUAAUUGUGGUGUUUGACAGACUUGUCUCUCUGCAAUCUUCACAUGGCAAAUUGGUAGAGGGUGUAAGGCUGCAGUUGAAUGCCAGAUUUUGUUAAAUUGAUAUUCUUUUCUUUUCUUUUUUUCAUUUGUAGUAUUAAAUGUAGAACUACCGGUAAUUGGGUUUGUCACAUAUGCUCAAAUCUUAGAUCA